AUUAGAGUAAAAUUAACUUUGAAAAGAGAGAAGAUAGUAAAUUUAAUAAGAAAGAUUGAUAUGUGAUAUAUAGAUAAGAGGUAGAGGAGGUAAAGUUAAGGAGCAUACUAAGAAGUGAUUAAUAAAAUGGAAUAGGAAUAUUAUUAACGAUAUUAUUAAUAUAAAUAAUUUUAUAGUUACUCGGAAUGAAUGAGUCAGACAAAGAGAAUAAGAACGGUAUCAGGCUCAAUAACAGAAGGAUAAUCGGGAAUUAUUAACUAAGUAUUGAAAUAUGUAAUUAAAUAGUUAAAACAUUGGGAGAAGGUACUUUUGGAAAGGUUAAGCUGGCCGUUCAUUUAAAAUCACAAGAAAAAGUUGCUAUUAAAAUAUUGGAGAAAGAGAGAAUAGUGGAAGUUGCAGAUGUAGAACGAGUUUCCAGAGAAAUACAUAUCUUGAAAUUGAUUAGACAUAAACAUGUUAUUCAAUUGUACGAAGUAUGCAGUUUCAUUAUUAUUAUAGAUAAUUGAAACACCAAAGCAUAUCUUUAUAGUGAUGGAAUUUGCAAAUGGAGGAGAACUCUUUGAAUACAUAGUCAAACAUUAACGACUUUAAGAAAUUGAGGCGUGCAAAUUUUAUUAGUAACUGAUAUCGGGUAUCGAAUAUUUGCACAAACUGUGUAUUGUUCAUAGAGAUCUGAAGCCAGAAAAUUUAUUAUUAGACUUCAACAAUUCAAUAAAGAUUGUUGAUUUUGGUUUAGGAAAUACUUAUAAAAAAGGGGAGUUAUUAAAAACUGCAUGUGGAAGUCCUUGUUAUGCAGCUCCAGAAAUGAUAGCUGGUUAGAAAUAUGAUUGUUUAAUGGUUGAUAUUUGGAGUAGUGGAGUAAUAUUAUUUGCUAGUAUUUGUGGAUAUUUGCCAUUUGAAGUAUAUAUAUAUAUUAUGUUUUAUUCUUGUAGGAUUAAAAUACUUCAGCUCUUUAUAAGAAAAUACUAAAUGGAGAAUACACUAUACCUAAAUUUGUAUCUAAUGAAGGAGCUAAUUUUAUAAAAGCAGUUCUAACAACUGAUCCAAAAAAGAGAAUAAGUGUUGAAUAAAUGAAAACACACCCUUGGUUCAAUUUGUAUUAAAGUUAAUCUAAAAUAUCUCCAGGAAUAAUUGUUGGAUAUAAUAGAAUGCCAAUAGAUGAGUCUGUUGUAGAUUCAUUAUCACUACAAGGUUAUGACAAAGAAUAUAUUAUUAAAUGUUUAGAUGCCAAUAAACAUAAUGAUGUUACUACUGCUUAUUAUUUAGCAUUAAAACGUAAUCUAAUUAAUGGAAUUCAAUCCAAAGCAGAUAUCAAUAGUUCUCUUUUUGAAGAAUCCUUAUUAGAACCAAAAUAACGACCAAAAAAACGUAUGAUCUAUCUACUAUGUCUCUCUAGCACCCAUUUCCAAUAUUGUUGCAACCUCCAUCUUUAAAUAAAACAGAUCUGGUUCUGUUUAAUAAAAUGGAUAAACUAAUAACAAUUCUUAAAACAGAGGCAAAAGUGUUCCAUAAGCCAUUAGUGAUGAUCAAACUUAAAUGCUUGUUAACUAUGCACACAAAAUGAAAUAUUAACCAAUCAAUCCUUAAUAGAAAUUUGCUAUACCAACAGAUGUUACAUAAAUCAUCUCACUUCAAUCUGUUGAUGACACUUUAGAAAGACCUAAAUCCAUUUCUUAUCAUGUACCAAAAAAAACACCUACUAAUCAUUAAUCUUCUGAACAUAAUAAAAGUAAAACUGCUGUCCAAAGAGAUUCUAUCUCACCAUAAUCUAAAACUAAAUAAAAGAAAAGUCUAUAAUCUAAAUAAGUUAAUUCCUCUUUUGAAUAUGUUAGUCUUAAUAAUUAUAAUACAAAACAAACUGAAGAAAGAAAAAAAAGUAGUUCAAAACAACCCAUUAAAGAUUUAUUUGAUUCAACCAAUUAUCAAAAAAAAUUAAUGAUAGAUUGUAAUCAAAAACCUACUAGUCAACUAUGGCAAUUAUAAAAUAAUUUUAGAUAGAACUCUAGAUUGUAUGAAAUCCCAACUUCGACCAAAACUAGCAAUUCUGUAAAUAAACGAUCAAAAGCAAUCAAAUAAGAAAAUAAUAAGAGUACUAAUCAAAAAAGUACUUUAAAUAAUAGUUUUAAUUUUGAUAAAAAAUCUUAUUAUAAUUGA